UCAACCAACAAUAAAAGAGGAGUCUUCCCUUGUCCAUGCGUACGAAGACAGCAAAAAACCCACGCCGUUGGUUUGCGAAGUGGAUACCGCAAAUCCAAACCAAAUACAAUUUGCAUGGGAAGCCCAGUUAACCGAUUGUACAAAAACUGACUGUAUGCCAAAUAAUUCUAACUGGCAAGAGGUUACUGAAGACGAAAGUGAUUUUAGUAUUGAAUCUAACAACGAACGUAGUACGUUAACUCUUAAAAAGGUUGACCAGCAAAGGUUCUACAGAUGUACCGCAAGAAAUGAUAUCGGAAAAGACUAUUUUGUGUGGAAAGUUAUCCCUGUGACAGGGGUGCCGCCGUUAACAGCCGUUUCUAAAAAGGUGGAUGUUGAUGAAGGAAAUAACGCGAAGCUAUCUUGCCGAGUUGUAAAGUUUGUGUCUCAACAGGUUGAUUGGUCAUUCAACAAUAUCGCUUUACAACUGGGUCCACGCAUGAGAGUUGUUAAUUCAACUUUUAAUGGAACUGUGUAUAAUACGUUACAUAUAACGAAUGUGAACACCAGUGAUUCUGGCAAAUACAAGUGUUCUAGCAAUUUUAAUCGCGUGAAGUCUGAGGCAGAAAUAAUGCUUAAUGUUCAAGAAUUAACUGCACCAACGGUCUCUGUCAAAAGCCUAACAGAAAAACAAGGCUCUUCCUUCCUCGUUCCCUGUGACGUUCGUGGCCAUCCAAAACCUGACAUUGCGUGGAAAAAAGAUGGAAAAAUACUAUCAGUGCACGAGGAUUUCGUUAAAGGAACGGACGAUUGUUCGAGCAGAGUUGGAGGUUUUUAUAUGUUGUCAAAUGACGUACAAAAUUCAGGGAGCGUAUUAGUUAUCUGCAAGGCAGAUUACAUGAAACAUAGAGGACAAUUUUCUUGUAUUGCACGCAACAAAUUAGGAAACGACACAGCUAAGGCCUUCAUAGACAUACGAGCCCCACCGCAGAUCAACGAAUUCCCAUCUCCAACUGUUGAACUUGGUGAAGUGUUCUCCCUAAAGUGUGUCGCAAAUGGCAAUCCCAAGCCUCGUAUUUGGUGGGAAAAGAAGGAUGCAGAAUCAUCGACAUUCAAACGUGUGAAUAACGAACGCAGUUACGAGUUAUAUUUUGAAAAAGUGGACAGAAACAUCCUUGGGAGUUAUCGAUGUUUGGCAGAAAAUGGAAUUAAAAAAGUAAUCAGGAACUUUACAUUAGCACUCACGCCGCGAGUGAGCGCCAGUGCAGGUCACGUGAAAGUUUCGAAUGAGUAUCCAAUUGUCAUUGGUUGUGUUAGUGCCUCCGUUGUUGUAUUGGUGAUUAUCGUUGCUGUGGUACUAUACAAAAGAAAGAAAGCUUAUGGUGGAUUCUAUAUUUUGACACUACCACCUCUUCCUGACUAUAUUAAGAAAUUAGAUCCACACACGCCAUUGUCUGAACAAACGAAUAAAUUACCGUACGAUGCUGAAUGGGAAUUUCCAAGAAAUAGAUUGAAAUUUUCUCGAGAACUUGGAUCUGGUGCCUUUGGCAAAGUAUACUUGGCUGAUGCCUUAGGUAUUGUUGCUUUUGAUCCUCGUGGAAGUACUAAGAAAAGGUCUUCUCGUCGACGAUUUGGUGGAUCUGUUAGACGUAAUCAUUACGUUAACAACAAUAAAAUGACAAAGGUUGCAGUGAAAGUUCUUAAAGAGGAUAGUGGUGAAACUGAAUACAAGGACCUGUUGUCAGAGUUGAAAAUACUUAUCCAUGUUGGGGAACACAAGAAUAUUGUCAAUUUAUUAGGCGCGUGUACAAAAGGUCGGGAAAGUGAGCUGUGGGUUAUUAUCGAGUUUUGUUCAAAUGGAAACCUGCUGCAGUUCCUACGUAAUAGAAGAGAUAUUUAUGAAACUGAGUGGAAAGGUGUUUCUAAAGAUCCUAACGUACAGUUGACCAUGACAGAUCUUGUUAUUGCUGCAUAUCAAGUCGCUCGGGGAAUGGAGUUUCUCGCCUCAAGAAUGUGCAUCCAUAGAGACUUGGCAACAAGAAAUAUCUUGGUAACGGAUAACUACGUCAUAAAGAUUGCUGACUUUGGUUUGGCACGUGACGUAGGAGAAGACAGUCAAUAUGUAAAGACAUCAACUGGGUUAUUGCCAGUCAAAUGGAUGGCAAUCGAAGCAAUUAUCCAAAGAUUAUUUACAGAGAAAAGCGAUGUAUGGUCAUUUGGGAUUGUUCUAUGGGAACUGUUUACACUAGGUGGAACUCCAUAUCCAAACAUUUCCCCGAAUGAAGUCGCAGAAUUUUUAGCACGUGGGUUUAGAAUGGAGCCACCUCAUGCAUGUCCAGAUGAAAUAUCAACACUGAUGAUUAAUUGUUGGCAAGAAGAUAAAGAUUGUAGACCAACGUUUAAAGAAUUGGUUGAAAUAUUAGACAAAAUUAUUGAGCUUCAUACUUCUUCUGAGGGCGGGCGUGGUUACCUUGAGGUACAGGGAGAGGUGAUGAAUGAAUAUUUAUCUCCGUCAGACGUAAAAACUCCGGAAAUGGACCCGUUUCAAUGUAAUUCACCUUUACCGCCCAUACCAUCGCCAGGCGAUAACGAAAAUGAUUCCCUUCUGCUCAAAGAUCAAAAUGAAAGGAAAGGGAAAUUCCAAUUUGAUAAAGCAAUUAGAAACAAAGGGAGAAAAGAUAGCGAAAUUGAAAAGAUGCAAAAUGAUUACAGACCCGAAGUUAUAAAAAUGGCCGACGUUAUAAAAAUGCCCGACGUGAAAUGUAUUAACGGAAAUGAGCAUGAUGGAUAUAUUGAUACAAGCUUAACAGGAAAAGAAAAAGAAAGGAUUGAACGUGAUUUAGAAAAAGAUCGUGACUCAUCUGAAGAACCAAAUCAUGUUGGUGCAGAUUAUGCGUAUUGGAAAAAAUCCCUUGUGUAAAAAAUAGACAAUGUGUUGUUUCAGUAAUUCCGUAUCAGGCUACUGCAAGCCAACCACCCGUGUUGACCAAUCAAAAUUUCCACUGUCAAAGUAACAAAUUGAUAUCAAUGAAUUGGGUUCAGACGCGAUCAAAGGUCUAACAAAAGUGUUCGUACAUGUCUGUACAGAAUCAAGUUCACUGGUUUUUGGCGAAAACUUUAUGUAACAUAGUGAAUGAUUUACAAAAUUCUCAUUAAUCAGAUUGUUACCCAGGCCAAUUGAAGGUUAGGAAACCCGACCAACUUUUUUGCUUUAGUAUAAGUAAAUCCGAAAUCAAAACGCUGAUAUGGAGGUCUAGCCGAUUGGGGAAUGACAAGCCAUGGAGGAAGGGCAAGGUUCGCGGGCGAAUAUAUAAGCCAGAUAUCGGUAUUCGGUAUGGUUUUCCAUUUUUUGAUAUGUACAUAUAUAAAAGCAUUCACAUUUAAUGUAAAUCUACAAAAUUACUAUGGUGUAUAAUUGCAUGUUUAUGAUGAAAUGUUUACAUUAAAUUCACGAUUACAAAAAUUUAAUUAAA